UAAACGUUAUCGAAACUGGCCAAGCGCAAAUCAAGCUGGCCACCAUGGUGACCAAUGCCGCCGCAACGGGGGCAGCUGCAGGAGCAGCAGCAACAAGCACCACCACCGCCACAAACAACAACAACCUGCAGACGAACAACAACAGUCAUGCGGCGAACAACAACAACGAUGACUUUGACUUUGACCAGGACAACGGACUGCAGGACCUGGGCUUGCCAGUGUCCGUGCAGACUUUCCUUUGGCGCCAAAUAGCCCCCUUCAUCCGGCCCAAGCUGGGCAAGCUGCACGAGUCUACCUGUCUGUUUUGUCAACAUGCACCGGGACACCAUGAAUCGAAGGAAGCCUGCAAGUCCUUCGAAAAAGUUUUGGUUCAAAACAUCCAGUUUGGUCUCUCGCCGCCGCUUACCAAGGCUCUGGGUGCCAUUCCCCGAUGGCGCCUACUCCAAGGAGCCCUACCACAUGUUAUGCAUGCCUGUGCUGCCCUGCUUCAUAACCGCGUCAAGGAUAUGCAGGCCAUUGGACCUGUGGAAACCAAGCUGCUCUACACCAUGCAGUGGAUCCUACUGUAUGCCGCCGAGGAAUGCGCCGAUGAUGAAGGCGGCGAGGAUCUGGGACUGGGCGAAACGGCUGAGCCCAAAUCCAAGUCCAUAGAUCAGUACUUGUUUUCGGUGCCAACGAUUACGCUCUUUGUGUACCUCUUUGCACCCAUCAUACAUCAUCUAAAGGAGUCGGAUUUUCAGAACUUUCGUCUGGAGAAUGGCAUUAAGCUCUGGCAGGGUAUGUGGGACAACCGUGCACCGGGAGCGCCUUGCUUUACGGCUUCGGUAAAGCCCAAGGCCCGGAACCUGUUGUGUGCUCCCACUCCAAAGGGAUCUACGGAUGUGUUUCCCGCCCGUAAGCACUCCCUUAGCGCAGAUGCCAUGUCCCCCAAAGCGGACUCGCCGCAGAGCGGCAUUUCUGAUUACGGCAGGCAGGAUGAGGAGGGUUCCUGGGUAUCCUCACCCAAGGAGUUUGCCUUUCCCGAAACCAUACCAGAGGAGGCUUCCAGCGUGGAGGAUGAACGCGUUGUCAUAUUUAGACUGCCUUCGGCGCCACAACUAAUGGAUAACUCUUUCUUUACGGCCGAUGCCAGUCUGCUCCAGCAACAGCAGUCCCAGAGUCGUCGCGGCAGUCGCCAGUCUAUGAACUCCCGCGACAAGGACAAGGUGCCUUCCACCAAGUUCGAGUUCGAUCAGCAGGAGCUGAUGCGCGGCGCCUCGAUGAAGGAGAAGCGUAGUGCCUCCAUCGAAAAAGAGACCGACUCGGACAAGUCAGACAGCAUCAAGGCGGAUGUAUCUGCGGCCACCUUCCUCGAUGUGGCGGUGCUUCGUUGCCUCUUCAUCUCCCACUGGCAGGAGGAGGGAAUCUUUUGGAGCCUACAGUACCUGUACAAUCGUCUCAGCGACAUUGGGGAAGAGGCAGCCAUCACCUUGAACCAGCCUCGCAAGCGAUCAAACUCCUUGCCCAUACCCCAAAUAGAGAUAUCACUCUACCAAGGACCCGGCAGCAAUAGUCGCGACAGUCCAGGGAGCUCUGUGGUCAAGGACUACAUCGAGAUACCCGAGCCAUCGCCCACGGUGACUGCCUGUGUUGUGGAGGAACCCCAAAGCGCACCGAGCACCAGUGAAAGGCGUGGCAGCGAGAAGAAGAAACGGGUCAAAAUGGCGGAUCUGCGGGCCUUCGUGGAGACCAAAAUGUUCUCAAAGUCGGAGAAGAAUUUGGAAAAAGUAGGGCUAGAUACAAACUCUGCCAAUGGCAAGACACCAACACCACUGCAACAUGCAGAGUACCACCGCAGCCUGGACACUGGUGAAAAGAAGCUAUCGCGUUCGGCUUCCAUGAUCAGCCGAGAGCCGGCCAGCAACUUGAUCAAGGGAAAAUCCAUGCCCAGCCUCAGCUGUCUGCUUGAUAGCGGAUACGUAGAGCCACCCAGGGCGCCGAGGCCAUCGCAGGCCACCUGUCCGCGCUCCACGGCGUUUUACCCGCGAAAUCCCAUCAUUACCGUCACAGAGCACACGCCCACACCCUCGCCAGACUACAUUAAGCGACAGGGAUCCAUUGACUCCCAGCUGGAUGCCCUAAGUAAUGGCGGAAGCAUUGCCGGCGGCAAUGGAGGAGGCAAUGGCAGCACCGGCAUGGGCAGCACGACCACCCGUUACCGUGGCCAAAUGCUGCGCUCCCACACGGACUCCCAUAUCGAUUAUACAGGCGUGGACGAGUCCGAGGCGCCUGGCUCGUCCUUCUACAUUACCCGCGAUGGCGGCAUUGACUACGAGAUAAUCCUGCUGGCCAUCAGCAAUGUGUUCAAGCGGGACCCGGCCCAAGUGUGUUCGCUUCGUGUCUUGGAGGCGGGACUAAACAUAUGCGAGCUCCUGAUCGAAAUGGGUGUCCUCAAGUUGGGUGAACAUGCCCACGAGAUAUCCAUGAGCAUAACUAGGCGAGCUCUGCAGGUCCUGGGUUGUCCACACGGCUGCAAUGACGGUGUUCGAGGUCCUCCCGCUGACUUCCUGCGCAACCAGUGCCAGAAGAUCCUGUCCCGAAUGCUGCGACAGGCCGGCCAGCGGACCAAGCGAUACAUGCAGGAGAUGGUCCGAACGUCACCGCUGCCAGAGCUCAUCGACUACUUUCACGCCUUCCUGGCCUUCUGCGUGGACCCCAGCUCGCUGCUGUCGCCCCUGAGUCAGGGCGGCUAUUCGACCAAUUUUAGCGGCGGCAUGAGUGGCGGCGCCGAGGCUCAAGUGGUUGGGGCAGUCUUCAAGCCCCUGGUCAGUCGCUUUGUGGAGGCCAGCAAGGACCUGAAGGGCCCCGAGAACAUAGCCCUUUACGGCGACAUCCGGCAGCUGGUUACCUAUGUCAAGGGCGCCCAUGGCGGACCCUUCCGUCUGGUGGCCCUCAGCGGCAUCCUGGCUGUGACCCCAAGGCCCCACAAGAAGGGACCGACCUCGCAGACCACGCGAGUAAUCAGACACAUUCCCCAGGCCAAUGUCCCGCAGAGUUCGCAGAACGACGACAAUCGCUCCCAGCGUCGCCUGCUGCUAAAGAAGCGCAGCACCUCGUCCGCCUGCGCCAGCCUGCUGGAGACGGAGGCGUGCGAGGAGCACUACAAGACCAGCCAAUCACCGCUGAGCAACUUCCGGAGGCGCACAACCGGCGUAAGGCCCACGCUGACACCGCGACAUAGCGAGAGAGCCCUGCUCUCCGAUUCCACGUCCAGCUCCGAACGCAAUUCGCUGGGACGGCUCAGCGGCUUGGUGCGCUGGUUCCGCGGCACGCCCAAGGAGGCAUCGUCCAUUGACCUGGAGAUCGGGUCCCUCAACCCGGAGAUCUCCUCCACAUUCAUGCGGCACGCCUCGCUAAAGAUCCAGCGCGGCCGGUCGAGCGAUGGCAUUGGGCGGUCCAUUCAGCGUGCCAAGCGACGCGUCGAGCGGCGGCUGAACCGUUUCGGUGGCAUUGUGAAGGGCAAAAAGAAGGUUGGUGGCAUCGAGGAAACGGCCGACUUCAGCCGGCGCAGCUCCUCGGACAUGUGCGACGGGCCACGCGAAUCGGAGGUUGUCAUCCUCAAGGAACGGAAGCUGGUGCCCACAGAGCCGGUGCGGGUGGGCAUGCUACGGCUCUCCUUCCUGCUGGAGACCUGUGCCCCUGGCUCCUUUCCGGAUCCCCAACUGGUGGCUGCCGUUCUGGAUCUGCCCCAAGCUCCUCUUGUGGCCCGGGCCACUUUUCUGCUGGAGUGCGCCCACUUCGUUCAUUUGUGCAACAAGGGUCAGUGGCCCGCCUGGAUGAAGCAGAACGUGGGCAGCUACCGGACCUCCGGGGCCAACAUCAACAUUAACCAGAUGAAGCAUCAGGUGAGCCAAACGAGCGCCAGACGCACUCACAUCCUGCAACGAGCUGCCGGGAAGAUGUUCCACCAGUGGGCGGAAAUGGUGGGUGCCCGUCUGGAGGAGAUCCUGUUCACCGAACGUCUGCAGUACGAGGCGGUAAAUGCUAGCCUCACCGAUCCCGAGAAGCAGCGCGAGCUGCUGCAGCAGGACGAGGAGGAGGAUUUCCUAGACGAGACAUCGGUCAAUCCGCAUGGCAACGAUUGCCCGCACUCCCUGAAGCUGAUUGCCUGCGUCCUGCUCUUUGAGAUCACCGCAUUCUUGAGGGACACGUACCUGAUGCUUCCCAAGACAUCCAAGCUAAUCCACCGGGACAAGCCGGCGCCGUGGGAGAAGGUUUACCGCGAAGCCAAUCGUCGUUGGUCAAUGGCCCUGAGUUCUAUGGGUCAUUCACAGACCUCGGCUCAGAGUCUGCAGUCGAUAGCAGCGGGCAACGAUGUUGCUGGUCAGUCAGAGCGAAAGAUAUCCUUUGUCCUCCACGAACCGGAUAAUGAGUCCGAGAACAGCAGCAACACAACGCUGACAAAGGAGGGAGGCGAAGAGGCUCGUCGUCCCACAGCCUCUGCUGUUCGUCCAUUCUUGUUAAGACGCGGCACUGCCACCACCACAGGCGGAUCUUUCAAGCGUCGCUCUCUGAAGCUUCGUCGCAAUACCAAGGACAGCAAGGAUAUAGAAACAGAUUUUAACAUGCAAUCGCGACGAAAGGUUUCGUCUCUAUCAGAUCGCAGCGACACCUCGGAGCAGGGCAUGAUUAGUGGAGGCGAGGAGUCACCGGGAAUCCUUAGUGACGAUCAGCAACCAGAAUCGCCCACUGACUCAAACGAAAACGAUGACACGGCCAAGAAUAUGCCCUGGCUGAAGGCAGUCAUCGACAUGAUGUCCAGCUACAACUACUACUGCACCCACAAAGGAUACUGCCAUCCUUUCUGCUAUAAGCGUCACAUGCGCUCCUGCACCCGGCUAGUUAAGGCCACACGGAAGGUCUAUGGCGAGGAAUUUGGGUUUACCUUCGAUGCCGAUCAUCCCAAUGUCGAGCCAACGGUAAUCAGCUCCAGCAAACCCCACACUUCAAGAUCCCGCUCCACGCGGAAAGUAUCAGAGCAGAGCUCCACCCAGACUUCUCCUUCCAAGCGCAAGGAUAGUUUGUCACGCAAGGAUCGCAUAAGUGAUGACCCUGACCUGGAAAUGGCUGAGAAACUGGCCAAAGCCUUCCGCCAGGAGAAGGAAAAGAAGCUGCAGGAGGAGCCACCAAUUCUCAAGUUUAUUCGCAUCCAUAUUCGCAAUCUGUUUCACUUUCCGCUGGCCACCUUGCUCAAGGGCGCCGUUGUGCUUACCGAGGAGAUGGUCAUCGAGGCUAUGCCAGCUGCAUGGGAGCUCCUGCUGGAGACGAACCAUGAUACGGCCACUUCCAGCGCCGCUGUCUUUUUGAUGGGCUCCGUAAAGGCCCAAAACUUUGCCUUCGAUAUCAUGCAGAGGGCCCUAAAGCACAAGGAUCCGGACAUAAGGAUUGGGGCCAUCCAGCGGUAUUUGGUGCUCUGGAAGUGCCGCUUCCACGUCUGGCCGCGAAUGGAGGAGAACGCCCACGACGUUACGUUUAAGGUGCCGCCAGGCGGCAUUGAAUUCACUCUACCCUCACCCAAGAUUGGUAUCGAAAGUCUUCCUGUGGUGGAUCCGCCGUGGAUGCCAGUUCAACAAACGAAGGACAUGGACGUCACACUGAACCAAGAUAGACAUCGAUCCCUGGUCACCGCCACCAAGAGCCGUAAGAUGCAACAGACGGAGGCCAUCCGGAACGCUCUGCGCCAGCAGCGGGACAAGCAGAGGGCGGAGCGGCACAGCUUCCUUAUUACCAUGAUACCCAUUAGCCAGCAGGCCUCUCACGAGCCAGGUAUGGAGAAGCUGGAGGACCACGAGAUCGAAGAGGAUCUGGACGGAACCCGCAUGUCCUCGCACCUGCACCACUCCCACUCGCUGUUCCCCUCCGUGCUCUGCUCGUCCGUGAUGCAGAUCGUUGGCUGCCUGGAUGACGCCGCCAUCGGUUCAGACGGCAAUGCGGUGUACGAGAUCGCCUACCAGGUGAUCUGGGUGUGUCUGGUCGAGGAGUCCGCUCUGUUCCUGCGCUACGUGUUCGAGCGUUUGACUCGCGACCGACAGGAUCAAAUGUUUAAGCUGCUGCGCCACCUCAUCCGAUUCGUGCCCCGUCUGCCGCAGCAGGCGGCCUUUGCUCUCUACAACUCGAUCAUUGGGUACAUCAUGUUCUAUGUGAGAUCUUCCAAUGAGCUCAAACAAGAGCUUGUGGGGUCUGCCCUUUCGGUUCUGUGGAUGGUGGUGCACUCAGUGCACGGCAUCAUGUUCAAGGACUUGAAACAGAUCCUUCGAAAGGAGCAGUGCGAUGCCUCCAUCCUGCUAACGGCCAAUGUGCCUGCAGCCAAGAAGAUCGUGGUGCACGGACCGGCUGAUGACGACUACAACAUACCCUCGCAAUUUCCCGUGCAGGAGGACACACUCUUCUGUCAGCUGCUGAAGGAGGCCCUGGAUUACUAUCCCAUAGAUGAGAAGAACACCAGUCACUACUGCCUGGUGGACUACAAGAGCAGUAAAAUUCUCAAUCCGAAUUGGUACAUUCGCGAUCUGUACUUCUUCAAACGCUCCCAGUACCCGGAGGUGCGUCUCAUGCUGAUGCGUCCGGAAGAGUCCUUCCUGGCCCUGCAGAAGCAGGAGCUAACCAAGAAAUUUGUCGAGAUUGGAAAAGUUCAUCUGACCUGGGCGAUCCUCAAGAACGUCGACAUGGUAGUGCAGCGGGUGGUGUUUCUGCACGAAGAGCUGAUGAAGCUGCCCUCGUUUCCGCGCAAGGCUCUCGAAGUGGAUCUGGAUCUGCACCAUGGCGGCGAGUACGGAAAGGUGCUGCUCGGGUUGGACGUCCUGCACAAGUUCAUGUGGGUGCGACUGAUCGCCCGCAUGUUCGAGGCCAUGGCUGGUAAUUUCGCCUACUCCGCAGACAUCCAACUCUUCCUGAACGUCCUUUCCGGCGCCUCCAUUCUGCACGCCGAAGAUUCCUGCAUCAUGCGCUAUGUGAUGGCCACCUUCAUCAACGCCGCCUUCAACUUUAAGAACAUCUUCUCCACGAACGGUUACUUUAUGAUUAUGCCCACGCUGCUACAGGUCUACUCCCUGCAUCAGACCAACAAGCUGAUCACCACCACCAUUGAGUACGCGGUCAAGCAGUUCUAUCUGCUCAACCGGAAGCCCUUCAUCCUGCAGAUGUUCGGCUCCGUUUCCGCCAUUCUGGACACCGACGAAGACGGCACCUAUGGAGAGGCCCACAAGGUGCAGUCCAGCUGUCUCUUCAAUCUCCUGCUAAGUUUGGAGGACCCCUCGCCGGAUCCGCUAAACAUUGCGGAAUUGGUCAAGGAGCCAAAGCCUCUCAAGGCCAUUGACUUUUGCUAUCACGACGAGGACGACGACGUGACCGUGCUGGACUGCAUCACACUCUGCGUAAUGGUGGUUUCCUACUCCGCGGAGAGCACCCGAGGAUACCAGAUGCUGAUUAUUUUGGAGGCCAUUCUGCCGUGCUACUUGCAGCAGAUCCAAUCGCCCAGCUACAUUCCGCUGCAGGGAAAGUCCGAGCGCGACAUUAUCCUCCAGCUCGCAGUGGCAAUUCGCACCAUGGUGCACAACUGCGAGGGCCUGGCCAAGAGCUACAACGGACCGUAUCGGAACAGUCCAGAGCACAAGGGCUCCUCGCAGCGCAACUGCAGUCGCGGCCCGCCCUGUUCGCCUGGCCUGGACUUUGAGGAGGAGUCACACCCCAAGUACUUGACGGAUGCACGCACUAAGAACAUGAUGGACUCUGCCGAGGAUUCGGAAAUGAUUCGCACUGAGUACCGGAGACCCCGAGACGUACUGCUCUCCGUGGUGGCGGAUUUCCUCACAAAAUCCACGGCUCGACUGGCGGAGCUGGCCAAGAAGAUGCCCAGUGACACCAAGCCAACCGAGGUCCUGGACGCUAAAUGCCACAUCCGCCUGGCGGAUAUUGCGCACUCGCUUCUGAAGGUGUCGCCUUACGACCCUGAGUCCAUGGCGUGCCGGGGUUUGCAGCGCUAUAUGCAGGCUGUUCUGCCACGGGCAGAGUGGUCUAACGACACUCUUCGCAACGCCUUGGUCACCAUUCUGCGGCGCAUCGACAAGGUGUUCCUUAAGAUUUCAAAAAAACCCUCAAUUCGGCGCAACACCGACUGGGAGGCGGCCGCCGGCCUACUGAAGGGCAUCCACGAGACAAUAAUCCGGCACUCAUACGUCCUCCACUGGCAGCAAAUGAAGGUCCUUAUCAGCACUGUGCAAAAUCUGAUCGUCAAUGAGCCCGGAUCCGGCAUUCCCGAGGGUGUCUCCAGCGCAGGGGCGGCCCUCAUGUCUCAGAAUCCACCGGCCUUUUUCUGCUCAGCCGUGGUGCGCCUGGUGGCCCUCCAAGUGGUCAGCCCCGUGGACUGCUUCUCCCUCGUCCACAUUUGCGGGGGCAGCGCAGAGUUUGCCACGCAGGAAAAGGCCGAAGGCUUUCUAAUGCAUCUGAUCAUGCCGCUGUGUCUGAAGGUCUGCUCGGGACGCGGUGUAUCCGACGUGGGUGAGCUCAAAAUGACGGACGUGACCUUUUUGCUGACCGCCGUUCUCAACGCAAUGAGCCCGCCGGCAGGUCGCACCGGUCAGGCUGUGUCGCAGAUUAACCGUGUCACCGGGGACCUCCGUGCCGGGUCCCUCACUUUCACGGGCAGUCGGGACGCCAAGCGUCCGGCUCGCAUCUCCGGUUCCCUCUAUCAGGCCGCCUUUCUGGCCCUACGCAUCGUUUGCAUCUGCUUCGAGAAUCGGCUGUCCAACGAGUGGCCACGCAUCGUCCGGGUGAUGAGGGAUUUGGGCAGGCGGAAUGAAGCUGCUCCAGACUUGUGGAGCUUCAUGGAGUUUGUGGUCACCCACCGAACGCCCCUCUAUAUUGUCCUGCUGCCCUUCAUUUUGCACAAGAUCUCGCAGCCACCCAUUGGAGACCACGAACGGCACAUGCAGUUCAUCAUCAGGGAGAGACUUCGCGGAACGCCGCCUCAGGGCGGAAUCAAGUCGAAGGGAGCCCUGCUGCUGGAGUUGGCCCGGGAGCUGCGCGACCUGCGCGACGAGCUGGAGGAGAAGCGAUACGUCUCCACAGAUCGCGAGAGCUCCGAGCAGAAGAAGAGCGACACCCCGGCGGCAACCAGUGCGGCAGACGCUCACAAGUCGCAGCAAAGACCUUCACUCAUAUCUAUAUUCACAGGGACCACCACCGGCCAGGCCACCCACUCGCACGUCUCCGCCGUGCCGAUCGACUCGCGCAGCGGAUCGGGGGGCAUCUGCACACCCAGCGACACGCUGUCGCAGCAGACGCUGCACCCGCCGCGGGAGUCGUUGUCGAGCAGCUCCACGGGCCGCGAUCCGCACACGACGACCAGCGAGAGCCAGAGCGGCGAGGCGGACGCAGGCUCGGCGCCGACGCUGGUGGGGCCCACGCCUAGCGGAUCGGGUCACGGCUCCGGCUCCGGUUGCGGCACCGCCUCUGCCGUGCCCUCGCACCUCUCGCACUCGCAGUCGCUCCAGCAGGCUCCCUUCAAGGCGCAGCCCCCGAAACUGCGCUUCGUCUCGUCCGUGGAGUUCCGGCACUCCUCCGGAGAGACCUCAACCACGCCGCUAUCGCCGGAAAGUCCGGCCGAGGACAGCUCCGGGGAUCACACCCGCUCACGUCUACAGCGCUCGAAGGCAGCCAGCCGGAAGACCUUCCGGCUAAAGCGCAGCCGUCUAACGCCCAUGGAACCACCCAGCAUUGUCACCUCGCACUCCCAGGAGGAGCAGCCACAGCCGCCCCAGCCCAAAACACUCGGCGAGAUAUCCUGGGACUCCGUUUCGCAGACAUCCUCGACGUCGGGCUAUCGGGAUAACAACAGCUUGCAGACGGGCCUGCUCUCACCGGACGGAUCCCUGGGAGGACUGACCCUGGGCCGGUCGCCCUCGCAGCACUCGCUCCUCAUGGUGUUCGAGGGCCAGGACGAGGACACGCUCAUUUAACAAUCACAGAACGGCGACCGCGCCUACGAACUCUAGAGGCAAGAACUCUAGAAAGAUUGACUAGUUAACAGGAAUUUGGAAUGACGGUAGUAAUUGGAUGUUACGUUUUAUAGACAAGUAGUUGUUUUCCAUUGUGUGCCCAUUUUGUAUUCGAUAGGUAAAACUAGAAACUAAUAAACGAACUUGGUAGCCGU